UGCUUGCUUCCAAGCUCUCAACCAGAGAGCCCGAGAGUGAGACAUGGCGGAGAGGAAACGGGUGCUAGUGGUCGGAGGCAACGGCUAUUUGGGCCAACAUCUCCUUGUGAGCCUCGCCGGAGCCGGCGAAUCCCUUCCCUACGACCUCGCGUUCACCCACCACCGACCUAUAUCACCGCCGGAGCUACUCUCUGCCAUCUCCUCCGCGAUCCCCUUCCGCGUGGAUCUUCACACUGGUGAUGGCUUUGAGGCCAUCUCUCAAUUCUUCGGCCAGCCUCAUGUGGUUGUGAACUGCGCCGCGAUCUCAGUCCCGCGUGCUUGCGAGGUUGAUCCCGCUGUUGCGAUGGCUACGAAUGUCCCUUCUUCGCUGGUGAAUUGGUUGUUGAGCUUUGACGGUUGUGAUCCGUUUCUGAUUCAUUUGUCCACCGAUCAAGUCUAUGAAGGCAUCAAAUCAUUUUAUAAAGAAGAGGACGAAACGGUUCCUGUGAAUAUGUAUGGAAAAUCAAAGGUUGCAGCAGAGGAGUUUAUCACAUCAAACUGCUCGAAUUUUGCUAUUCUUCGGAGUAGUAUCAUAUAUGGACCACAAACAGUGGCACCUGUUGAGAAGUCCCUUCCGAUACAGUGGAUUGAUAAGGUCUUGGCUGCUGGCCAAGAAGUUGAAUUCUUUUAUGAUGAGUUCCGUUGCCCAAUCUAUGUCAAAGAUGUGGUGAAUAUCAUAAUAUCACUGAUUAAGAAGUGGCAAUCAGAUGGUGAACCUAUGCAACUAUUUCUCAAUGUUGGUGGACCAGAUAGGUUGUCUCGAUUGGAAAUGGCAAAGUCAGUAGCAACCUACAGAGGAUAUGACCUUUCUCUCAUCAAAUCAGUGUCUGCUUCAUCGGUUAAUCGUGGAGUUGCCUCUCCAGCUGACAUAUCCAUGGACAUCAGUAAAUUGAUUCAUUUGCUUAGUAUUACUCCUGUCUCUUUUGAGCACGGUGUCAAGGAUACGCUUCAAAGUAGUGAUGCCUCUUGACUCAGUUGAAAACAGUACUUGGGUUUGGGCUGAACAAUUUUCAUGGAACUGCAUUAUGUUCUUGACCUCAUAUUUUAUGAUAUAUCUUGUUGUGUGCUAUUUAAAUACUGUCACUUUGAAUUACAUUUUGAUUGAAUAAUACAGAAUUGAAUUCAAUUUA